AUGGCUCAGGCAAUAUCACCUACUAUAUUCGCUAUCAUCAGACACUUGGGGCACUGGAUCUCAGGCGUACAGCUUGGGCUGUCCAAUGAUCAGGUCCCCGUGUCUCUCUGGGAAGAUGAAGUAGGGCGGUUGCGAGUUUGGGCUGCCGAUGUUGGUGCCGAUGAACGCGGUUCAUUGUCGUUGGACUACAGACUGCGCGACUCAUCUCACCUCAAGGAUCAGAUCUCCAGCCUUCUAGAACAGCUUCAAAGGAACUGUGAAAGUUUGCUGGAGAUAGCAAAUCCUGGUUCAGCUGAUGGGAAGCUUCCAGAUUCUGAUAUGAACGAAAAGCUCCAGACAGAGUCCCAGACAGAGUCCCAGACAGAACUCCAAUCAAUCUAUCACGCUGUGCAUAAUACAGUGGACUGUCUCUUCCGUAUUGCACCCGCAAUUCGUCAACCUGCCAGAAACCGUUUUGUUCUAGGGAUCAAGAAGUCUGGCGCGCUGCCAACUGAAUUUGAUAGAUACCUUGUUUUGGAUAGUUACCCUUUGGCAAAUCCUUGGAUCGUCGAUAACCUUGCAACAGCGAUAUCACUGCGCCGGGAAAUGCUGCAGUAUAGGAGAAAAUGCCAUUCAAACUUCGCUAUAGGACAAGACAAAGUCGAGGAAGGCGAGCCUGACACACCAGAAUUUGUCAAACGGGACAUGUUACAGCUUGGGGAGCUAGUGGAAUUGAGGAACUCCAAUGGCUCGCGUGCAGCGCUUCUUGAACAAGAAGGUGAUGAAGCAAUGGUUUUCUUUCCUUGUCAGAUAGUGGAGGAAAGUGAACAUUCUUGGGCCCAGCAUGUCCUCAACGACAUCAUGCCAUAUGUCUGUGUCUUCCCAGACUGCUCAUCACCUUUUCGUCUGUAUGAAUCACGGCAAGAAUGGUUCGCACACUGUCAACUUCAUCUCACACAGUCGGGUACUAUUGGGGUCCUAGGGUGUCCCUUAUGCACACUGAGCACAACUUCCGACACAAGCUGGGAGAGUCACGUUGCCAAACAUCUAGAGAAACUGGCACUACUUGCAUUGCGUUGGCAUUGGCGGGCGGACAAUGCAGAAGACAGUUCUGAUGGUCGCGCCUAUGGGAAUGUACCAGGACGGUUCCAGAGGCAACCGUGGAGAGAUGCUGAUCGGAUGGGGUUCGAGACAGCAGAACCCAGCACUUCGGAAUCCCAAUCUUGGAAACUUCUUUGGUGGAAGCCGAAGCCAGCGAGUGCCUUUCAUGUAAACAUUCUCGCUGCACAAGCUGUCGGUCAGUUGGAGGAUGAUGAUGAUGAUGAUCAGAAUGUGAACUGA